AUGAUCGAGUCAGACGGUGGACUGAUUGUUCCCUCUGGAGCUAUUGGAAUUCUCACCGGUGGACUCAUUCUCAAUAAAGCCAAAUUGAGUCGUAAAAAUGCUGUCCUCUUUGUCUUCGUGAUCAAUUUUGCUAUUGUUGGCUGCAUGAGCUCAUUCUUCUUCCUUGGUUGUGAGAAUCCAAAAAUCGCAGGUUUCACUGUUCCCUAUCCUACUGGGUAA